AGGGAAUCCUAGAAAUGUGGCUCUCAUCUUGAGACCUGGGGUCCUUGCACAUGGCAGGACUACAGCGGCACUGCUUGCUCUUCUGCCGUGGUGCUUACUGUGCAGCCUGCAGUCCAAGGGGGUUGACUUAGAGAAGGGGGUUGACUUAAAGGUGCUGUGCGUGCCGCAGAAGCUGAGGGGGAUGGCUCCUGAAAUGCUGGCGAUGCCUCCUGGAAGUGCUUCCUGGUGGAGGCGGAACAGGCGGCUGGUGCAGCCAGUGGCAGGCAGAGGGAGCUCACGUCGCCGGCUCCGGUGACAGGAAGGAGAGGGCGAAAGCAGAGACGAGGUUCCAAAUAGCAGGGCGUUCUCGUCAGGGGAUGUGACACCGGGGACCCCCUCGCUCGACCUGUUGUUCUGGCUGAUACAGCUACCUGCAUGCAAGGGUCCUGAGGGACUGAGAAGAUGGCCUCGCCAGGUACCCCAGGGACCCGCAUGACAUCCACAGUCAGUAUCAACAUUUCUACUCCUUCCUUCUACAACCCACAGAAGAAGUUUGCACCUGUGGUCGCCCCUAAACCCAAGGUGAACCCCUUCAAGGCUGGGGGUGCAUCAGAGCCGUCGCUGCCACAGCCUCCUGGAGCUGGCACCCAGCGUGCCCAGAUAGGGAGGGUAGGGGAAAUCCCAUCAGCUUCCACGUCCAUGCUGGCAGAAGAGCUGCCGCUGCCACCUCCUCCCCCACCUGGAGAAGAUGUGAGUUUCUCCUCAAAUUGUGCUUUUCCCCCACCUCCGCCACCCUUUGAAGAGCCUUUUCCACCAGCCCCAGAAGAAACUUUUCCUUCUCCUCCUCCUCCAAUGUUUGAUGAAGGGCCUAUGGGCAUUGUUUCUGCCCCACAGAUGUUUACAGGAUCCACAGGUUCUCUGGAGCAACCAUCAGUCCCAAAGACCCAUGUGGAAAUCUCAUCUGCACCCAGAGAUCCUCCUCAUCCAUUUCUUUCCAAGUACACUCCAAAGCCAAGUGGAAGCUUGUCUUCCAAACCCCCUGGAGCAGAUGUGACCCCUGUCCCAGCCCCAUGGGCAGCUCCACAGCAGCACAAGGAGCCCCUAGCAUCAGUACCUCCACCCCCUCCUCUCCCUCCUGCUCAGCCUACCCCUAAAUUCACUCCACCUUCUGUGGCUGGCUCUCCUAAGUUUGGAUCCAAACCAGGUGCCACUGUUUCCAUGGCUCCUUCAAGCUCUACAAGAUAUCCUACCUCCCUCCAGACUCAGUUCACAGCCCCUUCACCUUCAGGUCCCUCCUCUCGGCCGCAGCCUCCCAGUUUCACCUAUGCUCAGCAGCGGGAAAGGCCCCAAGUGCAGGAGAAGCCUGUUCGCACAGAACAACCUGUUGCUGUAAAAGACACGCAUAGACCCACAGGUUCCAGUGCAGAUCCACCUAAGGGAAACUCUUCCCUGACCAUGAAGGAGGUAGAAGAGUUGGAAUUGUUGACCCAGAAACUACUGAAGGAUAUGGAGCACCCACCCCCAGUAGAAGCCGCUACUUCUGAGCUCUGUGGCUUCUGCCGGAAGCCUCUAUCACGAACCCAGCCAGCUGUAAGGGCUCUAGACUGCCUUUUCCAUGUGGAGUGCUUCACCUGCUUCAAAUGUGAGAAGCAGCUGCAGGGACAGCAGUUCUACAAUGUGGACGAAAAGCCCUUCUGUGAGGACUGCUAUGCUGGGACCCUGGAAAAGUGCAGUGUCUGCAAACAGACCAUCACAGAUCGGAUGCUGAAGGCCACUGGUAACUCGUACCAUCCCCAGUGCUUCACCUGUGUGAUGUGCCACACUCCUCUUGAGGGGGCUUCUUUUAUUGUGGACCAGGCCAACCAGCCUCAUUGUGUGGAUGACUACCACAGGAAGUAUGCUCCACGCUGCUCAGUGUGUAGUGAACCCAUCAUGCCAGAGCCUGGGAAGGAUGAGACAGUGCGUGUGGUGGCACUGGAGAAGAAUUUCCACAUGAAGUGUUACAAGUGUGAGGACUGUGGGAGGCCCUUAUCCAUUGAGGCAGAUGAGAAUGGCUGUUUUCCACUGGAUGGGCAUGUUUUAUGUAUGAAGUGUCACACUGUUCGUGCCAAAACAGCACGCUGAGGAGCUUGGAGCAGGCAUACCCUGAAGACCCCUGCACUCAAUACUCCUCCCUUCCCCAUCAUUGUCCUACCUUUCUGCCUGACAAGUCAGAUUGCUACCGAUGGAGACUCUGCCAGCGCAGCUCAUUACUCACAUAGGAUUCACAACUCAUAGACUUCACUAUGCACACCCACCAAAAAAGGACCUCUUCUCCUAUCACCACUUCCUGGCCAUAGUGCAUUCCAGGCUAGGGGCUAUGACUGAGGUGAGUGCAAAAUCUCUGUUUGCUCAGCACUGGAGGAGAAAGACCAGAUCUCCACCACCACCUGGUGGAAGUAGCAAAAAUGACCUGUGGCAGCAAUGGGAAAGGCUGAGCAUUCUGCUCCACGAAGCCAGGGAUGAUUAUUUGACAUUAGAAGGUGGAAGCCUUCAUCUCAGUAUGGCUUCUGUCAUAGGUUUUCUCUUUCCUGUGCCGCCUCCUUAUGGUGGCUGGAAAAAAACUAACCUACUAGCUUUUAUUCUAAUGGAUUUUAUUGUCUAACUGUCCUGUCACCCCCUUUUUUUUCUUUUAUCUUUUUUUUUUUUUUUUCUAGCCAGAUUAAACUGGCAAUGUUUGGAAUCCUACCCUGCUCCUGAGUUUGGAAACUUUUUUUUUUUUUUUUUUUUUCUCCGAAGUUAUUUUUUUCUCAGCAUGGUUUCUGGACAGUCAGGGUGGGCAACAGAGUAACAAAGCAGUCCAAAGAACGCAUGUCUACAAAUAAAGACUGUCACAAGGAUGGGCAGCGUAUGGUGAGGAGGUGCCUCAAUGUGUGGAUGAGAAUUCAGCAAACUGAGGAGCAUCUCCCUGUUCCAAGUAGGGGUUCUUUCACUGCUGUCAGUGGAAGCUACACUGUCAUUGCAAUAUACUGUCUGGCUCUGUGUUACUGCACUGAGUCUCACUUCCUGGACUAGAAAAUGUCAUACUAAAUAAACCUUUUGAGUAACUGUCUAACCACUGUUUGCAUCCAAUAAAAUAGUGACGAUUUUUCCAUUAA